AUGUUCGGCCUCAGAGGAGCUGUAGCGUCCCGGCUCCCUGAAUCAGCCUCACGUGGGCGUACUCGCUGCGUCAGGAUCUACCAGAGGACAGAAGAUCAGCCCAUCUACAUGGCAGUGAAGGGUGUGGUGUUCGAUGUCACUUCUGGAAAGGAGUUCUAUGGGAGAGGAGCCCCCUACAAUGCUUUGACCGGGAAAGACUCCACCAGAGGCGUGGCCAAGAUGUCCCUGGAUCCGGCUGACCUCACCCAUGACACUGCAGGGCUCACGGCCAAGGAGCUGGAGUCCCUGGAUGACAUGUUCACCGUGUACAAGACCAAAUACCCCAUCAUCGGCUACACUGCCCGCCGGAUCCUCAACGAGGACGGCAGCCCCAACCUGGACUUCAAGCCCGAAGACCAGCCCCACUUCGACAUCAAGGACGAGUUCUGAGGUCCAUGAGCGGGAGCGGGGGACGCUCAGGUGAAUAUGCAACACCUGCCGCCCCACAGCUUGGGAGCCUGCCUCUGAAUAAACCAGGGGUGCUCCUUCCCCUGUGGGCAGAGUGCAGGUCCGAAGGCUUCUUUUAUCACCUGCUAGUAGUAGCCCUCUCCUGGCUGGAAGGGAGGCCUCCCAGCUGUUGGCGUGGUGACCGAGUGUCCAGUGAUCCCUCGCCGCCAUCAAGUCGAUGCUGACUCAUAGUAGCAUGGCUCCUGUGGGCUUCUGAGAGGGUAACUCUUGGUGAGAGUAGAAAGCCAUGUCUGUCUCCCUCAGAGCAGCUGGUGGUUUCGAACUGCCGACCUUGUGGUUAGUAACCCAGCACGUAACCAUUACUCGGCCAAGGCUCCUUGUGGAGGGAUGAGGGACUUUAAAUUCUUUUCUGUAUUUUCCAGAUUCCCUACGGCAACUCUGGGUACUUAAGAUAAUAAGAGUAAAAAUAAGUGUUCAGAGUCA